CCUGAUGCAGCUGUUUAUUCCUAAAUAAAUUCUUUUCUUAUAUCAGAAAAUGAAGAAAAGUUAAAUCUUAAAGAGAGGAUACUGCAAAUGGAAACUGAACAGGAAGAAGUGAUUCCAAAGAAUAUUAGAGAUCAGAUACAAAAACAAAUAGAAAACUGGGAAAAGAAAGAUAAGAUGUUUGUGUCUACAAGAGCCAGUGAUUACGUUAUGGAAUGUUUACAGGCAAACAGUUGUUUGACACUAACUGCCCCAUCAGGAGUUGGAAAAUCUUUUAUAAGUAGGCACACAGCGCUUGUUUUACGAAAGGAAGGAUACGAAAUAAUACCAGUGGAAUUACCAACAGAGAUAAAGACUUAUUAUCAGCCUGGUAAACAGACAGUCUUCAUUGUAGAUGAUAUUUGUGGAAAUUUCACUGCGAACCAACAACAGAUUGAGCUCUGGGAACAAUUAUUACCUGUGAUUAAUACAAUUAUUGCAGACAAAUGUUGUAAGAUUAUUGUAUCAUGUAGGUUACAAGUCUAUAAAGAUGAUAAGUUUAAUAUAUUAUCACCUUUUAAAUCAUGUGAAUGUAAUUUAAUAUCAGAUAAGUUAUGUCUUUCAUCUUUGGAAAAAACAAGUAUAGCAAAAACCUAUAUUGGAACAACCGUUGAUGAUAUUGAUGAAUUAUCACAAAAUAGUGAGUUCUUUCCACUUUUAUGCUCUGUAUAUAAUAAGGAAGAAAACGGAGAUGUUAAAGAAUUUUUCGAAAAUCCGUUUAAUGUCUACCAAAAUGAACUAGACAAAUUAAGUAGGCAUGGGGAUGAAGGGAACUAUAAAAUAUGCAGUCUAGCUUUUUGUGUUCUUUUUAAUAAUCAUCUGAAAGAAAAAUGGUUCGAGGGUAAAAUGACGGAUGACCAACGACACAUUCUAGAAGACACAUGUGAUGCGUGUGAUAUCAACAGAAGUACAUCAAAGGCAAAACUGAAAAAAGCACUCGACACUCUAGAUGGUACCUUUAUAUGUAAACAGAAUGGUAUUUACAGAACUGUACAUGAUAAAUUCUUUGACUUCCUUGCUUACUAUUUUGGUCAGAAAAUGAUUGAAUGUUUGAUAAAUCAUGGUGAUAGUGAUUUGGUACAUGAACGUUUUAUUUGGCAGAAAUUACCAGAUGACCAUAUAAGUAACAUAGACUUCAUUAUUGAAAUAUCAGAUACUUAUUUGAAUUCUUAUUUAGAAAGGAUUAUAAAGGACUGGUCAGCAGGAAAGGUGUCAGAUGUAUUCUGUAACAAUAACAUGAAAGUAUUAUCAUUCAGACAACAAUUAUUACAGUACUUACAGCAACUGGAUAAAUCACAUCGAAUAACAUUAGCCAAUACCAAGGAUACUGUCAUAUCAGAAGAGAACUGUGCCUAUGGUAAUACCCCACUGAUACUGACUUGUUACGAUGGUUAUAUUGAUAUGUUGCAGUGGAUGUUACAUAACGAUGUGAAUGUCGAUCAGUGUAGAGAUAAUGGGGUUACUGGACUGUUGAUGGCAAGUCAGGAAGGACAUACCGAUAUAGUUAGUUUACUGUUAGAAAAGAAACAUAAAGUUGAUAUAUGUGACAAUAAUGGUUGCAGUCCUCUGUACAUUGCAUGUCGGGAAGGACAUACUGAUAUAGUAAAGUUACUGUUAGAGAAGAAUCCUAAUAUUGAUCUAUGUACCAAGGAUGGUUAUAGUCCUUUGUACAAGGCAAUUCAGAAAGGACAUACUGAUAUAGUAAAGUUACUAUUAGAGAAGAAUCCUAAUAUUGAUCUAUGUACCAAUAAUGGCUGUAGUCCUCUGUACAUGGCAAGUGAGGAAGGACAUACUGAUAUAGUAAAGUUACUGUUAGAGAAGAGUCCUAAUAUUGAUCUAUGUACCAAUAAUGGCUGGAGUCCUCUGUACAUGGCAAGUUGGGAAGGACAUACUGAUAUAGUAAAGUUACUGUUAGAGAAGAAUCCUAAUAUUGAUCUAUGUACCAAUAAUGGCUGGAGUCCUCUGUACAUGGCAAGUUGGGAAGGACAUACUGAUAUAGUAAAGUUACUGUUAGAGAAGAAUCCUCAUAUUGAUCUAUGUACCAAGGAUGGUUAUAGUCCUUUGUACAAGGCAAUUCAGAAAGGACAUACUGAUAUAGUAAAGUUACUAUUAGAGAAGAAUCCUAAUAUUGAUCUAUGUGACAAUGAUGGCUGUAGUCCUCUGUACAUGGCAAGUUGGGAAGGACAUACUGAUAUAGUAAAGUUACUGUUAGAGAAGAAUCCUAAUAUUGAUCUAUGUGACAAUGAUGGCUGUAGUCCUCUGUACAUGGCAAGUUGGGAAGGACAUACUGAUAUAGUAAAGUUACUGUUAGAGAAGAGUCCUAAUAUUGAUCUAUGUACCAAUAAUGGCUGGAGUCCUCUAUACAUGGCAAGUUGGGAAGGACAUACUGAUAUAGUAAAGUUACUGUUAGAGAAGAAUCCUAAUAUUGAUCUAUGUGACAAUGAUGGCUGUAGUCCUCUGUACAUGGCAAGUGAGGAAGGACAUACACAUAUAGUAAAGUUACUGUUAGAGAAGAAUCCUCAUAUUGAUCUAUGUACCAAGGAUGGUUAUAGUCCUUUGUACAAGGCAAUUCAGAAAGGACAUACUGAUAUAGUAAAGUUACUAUUAGAGAAGAAUCCUAAUAUUGAUCUAUGUGACAAUGAUGGCUGUAGUCCUCUGUACAUGGCAAGUGAGGAAGGACAUACACAUAUAGUAAAGUUACUGUUAGAGAAGAAUCCUCAUAUUGAUCUAUGUACCAAGGAUGGUUAUAGUCCUUUGUACAAGGCAAUUCAGAAAGGACAUACUGAUAUAGUAAAGUUACUAUUAGAGAAGAAUCCUAAUAUUGAUCUAUGUGACAAUAAUGGCUGGAGUCCUCUGUACAUGGCAAGUUGGGAAGGACAUACUCACAUAGUAAAGUUACUGUUAGAGAAGAGUCCUAACGUUGAUCUAUGUGACAAUAAUGGCUGCACACCACUGAUCAUGUCAUGUAGUAGUAACCACACCUGUGUAGUUCAGCUAUUAAUGAAACAUUAUCCAAACAUUAAUGCCAAGAAUUAUGAUGGUGGAAAUGCUUUAUAUUUCGCUGCAUGGAAUGGAAACUUAGAGAUAACAAAGUUACUAUUAAUGGACAAUGCUGACUGUAAUAUAUGUACCUAUAGUAAACAAAUAGUGACAGAUACAGUAUAUAACUCUCUAUUGGAAACAUUAGAUGAAUAUAAAAAAUCCUUAUUUGAUAGCCUGGUAAAAAAAACAUCAUCAUAUGUAACAGAUUAUGUUAGUAAGAAAUCAGUAGAGUAUGCCUUUGAUAUGGAGGCUGGUUCUUCACCAUUACAUAUUGCGUGUUUUUUAGGUAGGAUAGAUGUAGUCGGCUGUCUUCUGGACCACAAUGCUAACAUCAACAUUUCAUAA